AUGCUGUUCCGCGCCGCCGGCUGCUGGCGUGCCGCCGUCUCCCGGCCCGGCCCCGUUUGGCUGCGGGGCGCGGCUCACCGUGGGCUUCCGCUUGCCAGUCGCCGUCUGGGAUUCCCCCAGCCUCUGCCCGCGGGGAGACAGCGGCUGCAGAGCAGCUGCGGGGCGCUUCCCGAGGUUGUAUCUUUUCAAGGGGUAGCAGUUCGCAGCCUCAGCACAUCUGCUCCUUCUGACCACCCAGAACAUGGAAGAUUGGUUUAUAAAGGAAACUUAGCAAAAGCAGUGUUAGGUGUGAGAUUUUUCUCCUACUCCACCAGCAUAUUUAACCUGUUCAUGACGCCCUACCUCGUGCUGAAAACUGGUAUUGGAUUUGAAAGCUUGCUUCUACAAGCUGCAUUUUAUGGAUUGAUAGGAUUUUUUACAUUUGUUACUCCAGUUACUUUGCAUAUCCUUACAAAGGGCUAUGUAAUUCGACUCUACUAUAAAGAGGAAAUGGACACAUACACAGCUAUUACGUACAAUGCAAUCUUGGCAGAAAAAGCAACUGUCUUCCAUCAGAAAGAUGUAAAGAUUCCAGACAUCACCAAGAUGUUUACAACAUUUUAUGCUAAAACUAAAUCAAUGCUUGUUAAUCCAACGCUUUUCCCAGAUCCUCAGGAUUAUAACCGUCUCAUGGGCUAUGACAAAGCCUUUUGUUUUGAUUUUGAGGAAGAAGAGAAAGGUGGUGAAAGUAAAUAAUGUGGAGAUAAGGAAUGUCACUUGCUGUUCAUUGUGCAGUGCUAUAAAUGUGGAAGAAUGUUAAACUAUAUUACGGUUUCAGAAGUAUCAGGUAACAGUAGAAUAUCUCAAAUUUUGGAAUGUACUGAAUUUUUUUUUUAACCUAUAAAUAAUUUGUAGGGCUUCGUUAGAGUUAACAACACAAAAUACACUAAAAUACUUCUGUUUUUCUUGUGCUUUUUUUUUUUUUUUUUUUUUAUUUUUAACUAACCAGGAGAACCAUGCAUGGACUGUGCUGCAAACUCACCGUCUCUGCUUUAAAAGGAACUUUUCAUAUAAAAAAAAAGAUCUGGAAUGUUCAUUACCUGUCAAGCACAUUAAGUUCUUAAGAUUAGAGAGAAACUGUGCUUAACACAGAAAGGUCGGGCUGUUUUUAAUGGAUACUACUCUUCAUCCCAUGAGAGUAGGGUUGGCCUUCACUUCAAAAGACAGGGGCAGAUAUUACAGCUGACACCUCUUGUAGCCUUCUUUUAGAGGUCUGUGGGUUUCUGGAAAAGAUGGAAAGGAUGGCUGGGUUGCAGCAGUCUCUAAGUAUUCACAGCUACUUCAAUGGUUUUCUGAGAUAGAGUCACACUCCCAAGCAGCUCUUUUCCCAGAGACUGAAAAGAAGGAAGAUCUGUGCUGUGAAAAUCUUGCUAAGACAAAUAUUUGUACCAAUUUAAAAUACCAGCAUCUAGUGGUUUAAAUGGAUUCUUUUGGUAUUUAUGAAAGCCAGGGAAACAAAAGGGAAUCUCUUACAGAGUACUGUUUAGAGCUUGCGCCUUUAAAAAAUACACCUCUUGAUUUUUAACUCUGCAAAGAAAGUCACAUUUAGUUCGAGUAUUGAGUAUAAGAUCAUAUCAUGAGUAGGCUGUUUGAAUUAGUUCUGCACUCUGAAUAUGUGGAAAUUGCAUUUAAUUGCUUUUAAACCAAGCAGAAGUUUGUCACAUAAACUGACAGAUACUUGCAUACAAGUAAUGAAGGGUCUGAAUAUUUUAAGGCUUAAAAAAUUACUGAAUUAAAAAGAAUAGGUGCAGAAAUCAUUUUGAUUCUUUAUAUUAGCAGCUUUAUGUUGAACAGCCUGAUCUAUCUCUGCUAAGCCAGUAUCACUGGGUAAGUAAACAGUGAUAUUUUUGUAUGUUUAAUGCAUUAUACUGAAGGCAGGAGGCCAGUAGUAAGCAACUCUAAUCACAUGGUUAUGGUACUUGUUGAAGUCAUGUUUUACACCAAAUUAAACAUUUGUCCAUUGUUUUCA